GGUCUCUUUGUGGAAUGAUCAUGCUACUAAUGUAGGGCAGGAAUUGUUGGAUAAUGCUGAUUAAUUUCCAAUUGUUGCAAUUAAAUCUCUCAAAGUUGGAGACUUCCAAGGUAUGAUUCUGAAUGUAAAGGAGCUUCAAUGGCUUCUAUUGGGUCUGAUAUCAGUCCUUCAUCUAAGGCUGGAGUGAGGUCCAUGUACUAUAACAGGGUUUCCCUUUCUCAUGUAACCAGCAACCCAUCUUUGGGUGAAGACAAGCCUUCCUUUUUUAGCAUCAGAGCAUACAUAAGCUUCAUCAAGCCUGAUCAAACAAUGUGGUACCGGGCUUGUAAGACAUGCAACAAGAAAGUCACAGAUGCUAUUGGAUCUGGGUAUUGGUGUGAAGGAUGCCAAAAGAAUGAUGAUGAGUGCAGUUUAAGGUACAUAAUGGUAGUGAAAGAUUCAGAUGCUAGUGGUGAAGCAUGGCUUUCUCUGUUCAAUGAACAAGCAGAGAGAAUAUUUGGCUGCUCUGCUGAUGAGCUUAAUAAGCUGAAAUCACAGGAGGGAGAAGAGAACCUAUUCCAACAGAAAUUGAAGGAAGCUAUUUGGGUCCCUCAUCUUUUCCGGAUUAGUGUUGCACAACAUGAGUACAUGAACGAGAAAAGGCAGAGGAUAACAGCCAGGGCUGUUGUUCCAGUUGAUUAUGCAGCUGAAUCCAGAUUACUGUUAGAGGAGAUAUCAAAGAUGAAGACUUCACAAUAGGCUCCUUAGUUUAUUUUGUUCUUUGGAUAACGAUAUUUAGUCAGUAUGCCUUCAGUUCCCUCUA